AUGGACGAAAUCAUGGGUCGUUUGAGACUUGUUGUGGAUCACGAAUGUGUGCUUGAAGAUCCCGAUGUCAGCUCCAAUAUUUUCAGAGAUAUAACUAGGAUGAUCGGUGCCGAAGAGAGGACUAGCUUCAUAGAUGAAGGCCUCAAGGCUGAACGAGACCAAUGGAGACAAGAAUUGUCUAAUCGAACAAAUCCACCAGCUCUACCAAGGCCGAUUACGAGAACACAACCGCAUGAUGAAACUUACGAUGAUCAACGUUUGUCGAGGCCCUCUACGAGUAGCGAUGAAAUCUACAAUGCUCUUCCUGUGAAUCCUGUACCAUCCCACCAUUCCAUGAGCUCAUCUAGAACCAGAACAAUGGGGAUCGCCGAGUCACGAUUACAACGAGAUAUAAUUGAUCGAGCAGCUCAAGAAGCUGAGCUGAUACGGUCACAGUUCCGUGCAAAUCCAAUACCGGCUACUUCAAUACUCGCAGUACCCAUACCGACAAGGAAGGGCAAGACCAAGUCAAGCAGACCAUCAACAGCUCCUUCAAAUUCGACAAGUUCAACCUUGCAUGGAAAUAUCGGACGUGGGUGUGCUUGUGGUUCAUCUCACGUUGCUGCUGAUUUGGUAAAUGAGUACAAACCUGAUGCUCCAACUCAGAAGUGUAUCCCUCGGCUGACUCUUUCUGCGGCAGAGGAUGGCCGACGGAGGCGGCAACGUUUACUUGCUCCUCCUGACAUCAACCGUUCAGAAUUUGCACCAGACAUUAAUCACGAGGUACCCACCUCUACGUAUAUCCCUCCUUCUGGAUACCGACCUCCAAAGCGAGUCUUGAAACCACGACCCAAGACACCACAAGCAAGUACACCUACCGUCAAAAAGACUUUUGCUCCAGUUUCUCCAAGGAUUGCUGCAUUGGGGAGGCCUCGAACACCUAAGGUGGUGGAUGAAGUGCCGCAAAUCAAGAAGGGACUGUUGGACUAUGAGAGAGCUGAACGUGUGAGAAUCCUGCUUUUGGAUCAGCAUCGACGAGAAGAGGCGUAUCUCAAUGAUCUUGAAAACAUUUCGACUCGCAUACGAUCCAAACCUACGCCCGAAGAACGUGCGGCUGUAAUUGGGGCUGUAGCUCGUGUCAAGAAAACCAUCGACCACAUUCUCGCAGAUGAAGGACUAGACAAGUGA